AUGCGGCUCUCAAUUGUGUCGCGUUGGCAACAGGACCAUGUUCCGAAAGGGAGCUCAAAGCAUUUUCCUCUUUCCACGCUUGCUGACAGGACCGAGUUGGCCAUCUCUUCAACCCAAUUUUGCACACCCACUGGCGAGUCCACUGGUCUGGAGACGGACAGAUUCGGCCUGGACUGCAGGUCGGUGAAAAAACCCUUUUCGCACUACUCGUGA